GCUCCGGGGUGGCAGGAGUACGGACGGUCCGGUGUUAAACUGGGUGUCAAUUAGCGGAAGACUUUCACCGGUGAGCAGCCAAACCACAGCGUAAGAGUUGUUCAGAAGACUAAGAUGGAGUGGCGUCAGCAGAGCAGUGUGAGCAGUGCAGACGCAUUCAACGAGGCCAAACGCUGGAUUGAGGAAGUGACUGGAAAGUCGUUUGGAUGCAGUGACUUCCGUGCCGCAUUAGAGAACGGAGUCCUGCUUUGCGACCUAAUUAAUCAGUUGAAACCCGGAAUAAUCAAGAGGGUGAACAGGCUGUCUACUCCAAUCGCUGGUCUGGAUAAUGUGAAUGUUUUCCUGAAAGCCUGCGAGAAACUGGGACUAAAUGAAUCCCAGCUGUUUCAUCCAGGUGACCUGCAGGACAUCUCCACUCGUGUGACACUCAGGCGUGACGAAGGCAACAGACGACUCAAAAAUGUCCUGAUAACAAUUUACUGGUUGGGUCGCAAGGCUCACCUGGACACCUUGUACAGUGGUCCUCAGCUUAAUUUUAAGGCUUUUGAGGGCCUGUUGGGGCUGGCCUUGUCCAAGGCUCUAGAUGAGGGUGGUGUACCUGUGAAAGACAGCAGCGAUAGUUUGUGCCAAAAUCCAGAAGAGGAGUGUCAGUACAAAAAUUAUAGGAGAGGGAACUCUGCAGACAGCAUUGACUCCUUAAACUCCCGGGCCCUGCACCCAAAUGUUGAAGGUUUUGGAGGCGACGCAGAAGCUGAGCAGGUAUUCAAGAUGGAAAACAAGCAGAUGACAGCUCAUCAAAACAAAGGCUAUGUCCCACCACUCAGACGAAAACAAGGAUCGGAGGAGAAUGGAAGUGGCUUUGCGAGUCCGUUUACCAGAGCCAGUCAAACCCAGGUCAAGCCUGAGAGACCAGUUCAGGUCAAUCCUGGCUGGAUUUGGAGCAAAUCUCUCAGUGACAUCCCGAUGGUGUACCCUGUGCGAAAGGCUCCUGAUGCAAACACUACUCAUGAUGAAAGUCAGGACACCGGAUUGACAAGACUGUGGAAUCAAGACAACAGAAGGAAGUGUAGCGUUGCUGCCAAGGAUGCCGAAGCUCAGUGGCAGGAUGACUUGAAAAAGUGGAAGACCCGUCGUAGGAGCACAAAGUCUGAACUUCGAACUAAAUCACAAGACAGAGAGCAUGUAAUGGAUAAGAUGAUCAACGGGUCUGUGAAAACUAUAGAGAAGAAUGAAGCAAAACUAAAAUACCAGCAGUCACCUUGGACCAGGAACACAGCGCCUCGUCCUUACUCAGCAACUUCUCCAUCAAAAUCAAGCUCAGAUCUCCGGCCACAUACUCGAGCUCUGCUGGCCCGCAGCUAUGCCACCGAGGCACCUUUCAGCCCCACGGUUCCUCUUAGCUCCCAGAGCUCAACCCAUGCUCAAGGUGGAGCAGUGGUUGUCCCUGAUGGAAAAGUCUUGGGAGAGGAGAUCCACUUUGCCUCCAUGGCUUUAGAUGAAGCAAGAGUUAGCAUGCCUUCUCUAGGCUUUCCUGUGAUCUCUCAAACCCAAGUGAAAUCCCAGAGCAGCACAGCUCCUUUCCAGUCCACCUGUGAACUUUCCCAGCCAGAAAAUGGUCUUACAAACCAAAUCUCCACUCAUUUUACAACUUUACAGCUGAAUGAAACCGCAAAUUCUAAAAGCAACAAAAGUCCCACUUUAUCCAUGUCUAGUGAACGGAACGCAUUUUUUUUUGUUGAUCCGGAGCUUAAAACUGCUGGUGAGGAUUUAUCGCAUCAGAACGACAACUCUCAGGAAGACGGACAGAAGACCUCUUGGGAACCAGCAGCAGAGCAAAGCACGGCCCCGCACACUCCAGGCGUCUACAAGUUCUUGCCCAGAACUGUUUCCUGGUCUGGCUCAGCCAGCCUUCCCCGUGGUUACCGUCGGUCUGAGGGCUCAUCCCGUCUCUCUUCUGCUAUCACAGCCAGACCCUUUGGGACCAAGCAGUCCAGAGUGUCAUCACUGCCCAGAAUGUACAAUGUAGAUGACAAUCAGGGUGUGUUGUUGAACAGUGAGAAAGAGGAUUCUCCAUCUUCACCAUCUCUGAAAAGACAGACUGCGACCGCCCAGCUGAGCGGUCAGUAUCAGAACAACCAGGGGAAGCAGACUGGUGCAGGACAGGAAGAGCAAGUGACUAGCUCUAAUCUUUCCAGCCAGACCUCCUUUCAGAGCAGUGGCUAUUACUAUCGACCCUCCAUUCAAAGCCAGAUACUGCCUCAACCUUAUUCAAAUCUGCAGUCUCGUCAAAAUAGAGGCUUGACCUUCUCAGCUGAUGGAAGCACAGAUCUUCCAAAGGUGGAUCACAGUGACAUGAGAGUGAGCCUUACUCUUAAACCCAACAGUCUAGCUGACUUUGGUUUCCAUACUCACUGGGACUCGACGGGGGCGAGAGUUAAGCUUGUUCAGCCCGGCAGUCCAGCCGAGCUCUGCCAGCUGCGUGUCGACGACGAGAUCAUGGCCGUCGAUGGAGCUGCGGUGGCACACAUGAACUACGACCAGUGGAAGGAUAAAAUGGCAUCUGCCCUGCAAACCGGCAGUUUGACCAUGGACAUUCGGCGCUAUGGCAACAAGGAUUGGAGCACCGGCGAGGGGACUCAUCACAGCCAGCCAGGCCAGAGCAGGGUGACCCUCAAUCUGACUGCUGCUUCUUCGCCUGUCCUGAUAGGGUGCCCUGAUCACCAUGCCAACAGUGCUGCCUUUCCAGAAACACAAGUCACACAAGGGUUCAAAAGCAAUGGGCACACAGACAACGUGAUGCAGGGUAAAGUCAUGGGUGGAGAACUUUGUGAGACACAUAGGACAGCCAGAAAUAAAGGAGGGUCAGAAUCUGCGAUAUCUGAUCUCCAGGUGCCAUCGCUCAGCCCCCCCUCAUCCAGCUGGUCUUGGGACCUUGAGGAGGAUCGCAGGCGACAGGAGAAGUGGCAGGAAGAACAGGAGCGCCUCCUACAGGAGAAAUAUCAGCGGGACCAGGAGAGGCUGGAGGCAGAGUGGCGGAGAGCCCAACAGGAUGUAAUAGACCCCAAGAAGUCAGGGAGCCAGAAAACCUUUAAGGUGACCCCUGGUGAUGUGGGCCUCGCCGGGACCCAGCAGCAAGUGAAUGCAAUGCCGAAGAAAACCAGAGAAGAAGAGCAGAGCGCUGAUGGAGAAAAUCUGAAAGAGUUGUUGGGGCCAAAACGGCAAAGUAAUGCACACGAAGUGCAGAAUGAGAUGGUUGCUCAACAAGACUGGGCUGAUGGCUCGUGUGGCUUUGCUCAGCUGUCCCCUGCACACAGGACAAAGUCCUUGUCUUCCCCAGUAUUAGCUGGGCCUCACAAGUAUUCAAGAGGGGAUCAGAGUAAAAGAAAAGGACUGUCUGUGUCCAAGGCUGAGAAAGAAAGGCAGCGGAUUUUAGAGGAGAUGAAGAAAAGGACUCAGCUUCUGACUGACAACAGCUGGAUACGUCAGCGCAGCAGCAGCUUUUACAAGGAUCCCAUGAUUGUUGGGCUUCCUCUGAAAAGAUAUGACUCUCUGGAUAAUCUUGAUAAUUUGCGUCAGCCCCAAUCCUCAAUCUAUAGUUACCCUCGACCACACUCGGCUGCUGCAGGUUACGUUACGCCGAGUAGGAAUGCCUCUUCGCGAUACAGCACUGGAUCAGUAUUAUCCCUGAGAAAUCCUUACAUAGAGUCCUGUCAUCAGGCCAGGAUGGUCAAUGGCAGGAGGAAUUGCUCUGUCUGUGGGCGUAUCCUUGGUAGUAGACCAGCUAUGGUCAUAGAGGCCCUUAGUCUCUACUUCCACCUUGGCUGUUUCCAGUGCGUGGGCUGCCAUCAACAUCUCGGAGGAAGAGAGAAUGGAGCCCAGGUUCGAAUCCGAAACAGGAAGCCCUUCUGUGAACGCUGCUAUUUCCAACUCAGGUUCACCCCCAUGUGAGCAGCUUGCUGUACUCCAGAUUGAAGAGUAAAUACAGUGACAGGCAGUCUCUGAGCAAAGCUAUGCUGUACAGAGGAAAUCGCAGCCAAUUCACAGCUUCUACUUCCUGAGCAUCGGUAAAACUUUAUAAUCUUAUAUAGAGUUUUGGCAAAGUAGAACCUUUACUUCUAUUUUUUAAAUGAGAUAAGCGGUGCCUUGUUUGACCGCCUUUCUCCUGCUAAUUUAUUUCCAAGUUAGAUUUAAUAUAUGAAAUAAAGAUAUGAUGGGAACUGUUUGAUUUACGCCUUCAUUUUAAUGCUAGUGUCUUCAGAUCCGUGUGCUGUGUUAAAAUUAUCAGAUAUUUCUUGAGGCUGUUCGUGCAACUCUGGUAUGGAAAUGAAUUUUAACGUGUACUGAAGCACUUUCUGUUCUGUUGUAAUGUCACCGAAUACACACUGGGAUAAAUCACUGGUGUGUAUAUAUAUAUAUAUAUAUAUAAAAUGUAUGACUGUCUCACAUACAAAUCAGCCUCUUAAUUGAAAUGUCUU